UUCAACACAAAUUACUCUCUCUUCCAAAUCUCUCAAACAACACAGAUUACAUCUAAUUGUAAUAGCAACUAAUUUUAAAAAGAGCCAAAAUGUUUAGUUUUCCCGGAAACGAUGAUCAAUUCUUCUCCCGCCGCUGCGUUUGGGUUAACGGUCCAGUCAUCGUCGGCGCCGGCCCUUCCGGUCUUGCCGUCGGUGCCUGCCUUAGGGAACAGGGCGUCCCUUUUGUGGUUGUUGAAAGAGCUGAUUGUAUAGCUUCUUUAUGGCAAAAGAGGACUUAUGAUCGCCUUAAGCUUCAUCUCCCUAAACAAUUCUGCCAACUCCCCAAACACCCAUUUCCCGAUCAUUUCCCGGAAUACCCCACCAAGAAACAGUUCAUCGAUUACCUCGAAUCCUACGCAAACAAGUUCGAUAUCAAACCCCAAUUCAACGAGUCCGUUCAGUCCGCCAAGUACGACGAGGCCUGCCGUCUAUGGCGCGUCAAGAGCGUCUCCAAUUUCGACGGCUCCGAGGUGGAGUACAUCUGUCAGUGGUUGGUGGUGGCCACCGGCGAGAAUGCGGAGUGCGUCGUGCCGGAGAUUGACGGUUUGAAGGGAUUUAACGGUGAAGUCCUCCACGCAUCUCAGUAUAAAUCCGGGGAGAGAUUUUCAGGGAAGAAAGUUCUCGUUGUGGGUUGCGGCAAUUCAGGAAUGGAAGUCUCUCUCGAUCUCUGUAACCACAAUGCAGAGCCGUCGAUGGUGGUUCGCAGCUCUGUUCACGUAAUGCCAAGAGAAAUAUUCGGAAGAUCCAUCUUCGAGUUAGCCACCCUGAUGCUGGCCUGGUUACCCCUGUGGCUGGUGGACAAGUUCAUGCUUCUAUUUUCAUGGAUGAUGUUAGGAAACAUGGAGAAAUACGGGCUCAAGAGGCCAAAAAUGGGGCCUUUGGAGUUGAAGAACGUUAUGGGGAAAACCCCUGUUCUAGACAUCGGCGCAUUGGAGAAGAUUAGAUCCGGAGAGAUUAAGGUUGUUCCCGGAAUCACAAGGUUUUCAUCGGGAGCCGUGGAUCUGGUCGACGGUCAGACAUUAGACAUCGACGCGGUCGUUCUUGCAACUGGGUACCGUAGCAACGUGCCAUACUGGCUUCACGAAACAGAGUUUUUCACAAAAGAGGGAUUCCCAAACACCCCGUUCCCAAAUGGGUGGAAAGGAAAGGCGGGUCUCUAUGCAGUUGGGUUCACAAGAAAGGGUCUGGCUGGUGUAUCCAUAGAUGCAUUGAAGAUCUCUCAAGACAUUGGCAAAGUUUGGAAAGAAGAUUUACAGCAGAAGAAACAGAAAGCUCCUCGCCAUAGAAGAUGCAUCUCACAGUUCUAAUUAUAAAUCAUGCAAAAUUAGAUGAGCCAUUUUUAAAUUCUUUUUUCUAUACAUACAACAACAGAGAAGUAGGAAAAAGAAGUAGUGAGUAAAAUGCUGUAAAAGAGUAGAGCCCUCUCCCUGAAGAACCCUAAUUUUGAGAUAUAUUUAGGGUUUUUCUUUUUCUAGUUUUUUUUUACCAACACCGUAUAUAGGCAUGCAUAGGAUGAAGAGGCUUUCUUUUUCCCUUGUUCCUUUUGUUCAUUUUCACCCAUGAUAUAUAAAUAUACUUUCAU